AUGGCCCUGCAGCCUUACCGAGACGAAGAUUUAAAUUUUUUCAAAUUCGCGUCUCUUGUGUUGAAUGAAUUUCCAAAAGCCCUGAGACAGACAUUUAAAACCAUGUGGGACAACACCUAUGGACAUCGCCCUGGCUUCCAGCUCUGGGACGAUUCCACUGCCGUGAGAAAUUUGUUUGCCGCUACAGAAGGUGGCAGCACCAAAGUUCCCGUUGAUCAAUCGUAUGAGGAAUGGGAUUGCACUGCUUUGUUCCAGGCCACUAUCUAUUCGCGAGUGUUCGCCGUACAUCACGGAACGCUAAAUGACGUGUAUGUUAAGCCCCGUGGAAUAUCACAUGGUCAUUUUCAUCCGUCCGUAGAGAGCACAACUGGAAACAAUGCGGAAACCUGUGCACUAGCAAUUGAUCAGUUACGCCUUCUGAGGAAUUCGUUUUGCCACUUAAAAAGUUCUGACAUGACAAGAGUAACCUUUGACCAGUACGUGAAACACGCCAAAGACGCGUUCCAAGCGCUGGGUUUCUCGACAGCUUUGGUUGAUGCUGUUGGUAGUUUAUCAGAGUCAGAUUUUCCCAUAAAAGAAGUCCGCAGACUUGAGCAGGGUAUCAAGGAAGAAAAUACAUCUUACAGAAAGUUUCUUGAAGGUGAUGUUGCUACCAAAGAAGACGUCGCCAUGUUGGCUCGCAAAAUAGAUGAAAUCAAAACUGUACAAGGUACUAGUGAUAACAAAGAAGACACUACUUUGUCUGUGUGGAAAGAAGGUGAGUUAAAAAGUGUGAGCGAGAAAUGUGCAUAAAUUAUCGUUUCUGAUAUAAGAGAAUAAUAAAGGACGAACGUUGAACCGUACCUUAUCAAUACUCUACUGUGUAAUUAUUACCUAUCUAUCACGCAACUUAUUGCUCUCAUUUUUGGUUUAUCAUAAACCUCUCAUGUCAAUUUAAAUUCAAAUUUUAAGAGCCGUUAUAGUACUCACUGCCAGUGUAGCUCUGGCCCUGUCGAAGGCUAAUUUUGUUAGCCGAAAUAUUGGCCUCAAAUAAAUCAGCCCUUUGCGGUAUUGCCAGCCUUGCAUCCAGUUUUGUUAGAAUAAUCAUAUUUUAUAUUUGGCAUGAGUGCACUGGAAGUUUACAUAAAGGCCUUGGAAAACGAAAUGAACUGGACAAUCAUUUUAAACUUGAAGAGUUCGAAAUAUUUAAUAUAAAUCAGAAAAAUAUCAUUAUUUAAAUUUCUUUUCUUAAUAUACAUGUACCGUAAGAUUUUUUAAAAAUUGGUCACGUGACACACCACGUGGCUUGUUUACGCAGCGAUAGUUAUUUGAAAACCAACUUUGAAUUCCGUUUUCCCCAAACGUAUAGUUAAUGACCCAUUUUUCGGUAAAUGCCAAUAGGCCUGGACGUAAAGAAGAAUCAUUAAGAACAAUGUUAACCAAUGUUGAAUUUCAUUAAAAAGAACGUUUGUGGUCAAGUUAACCUUCCGGCUACUCAGUAUGAAGCCUUUAAAUCUUUUCGAAGGCUAAAGAACCCUUUUUUGGCCAUAGACACCAUAAAUUAAUCAAUCAGACUAAGACUCUCAAUGGCUCAACUUUACCAUAGCAAUCAAAUAUCUGAUUCUUGCCUUUUCUUUUCUCUUUUAAGAUAUCACAAAAUCAGUACGCGAAUCAACUCAGCCUGGCAAUCUUUUUGUAAAGAAUCAAGCUGGUGAAGCUAAAAACCUUUAUACACUCGCAGUCGAGAAGCGUAAGAAACAGGAUUUUCAAUCAGCUCUGCAAUCUUAUCAGUGUGCACUGGACAUACUUAAUAUAGUGUUUGGAGAAGAACAUCCAAGUACUGCUGACUGUUACUACGAAAUGGGAAUAACGCAGCAUGAACAAGGUGAUUUCAAAGCGGCUCUUCAAUCUUAUCAGCGUUCGCUGGAAAUACGUAUAAAACUGUUCGGAGAAAAACACCAAAGUACUGCUGACUGUUACUACUCACUGGGGAUAACACAGCGUGAACUAGGUGAUUUCAAAGUAGCUCUUCAAAAUCAAUGGCGUGCGUUGGGCAUAUAUGUUAAAGUCUUUGGAGAAAAACACCAAAGUACUGCUGACUGUUACUACGAACUGGGGAAAACGCAGUGUGAACAAGGUGAUGUCAAAGCAGCUCUUCAAAAUCACUGGCUUGCGUUGGGCAUACGUUUUCAACUGUAUGGAGAAGAACACCAAAGUACUGCUAACUGUUACUACUCACUGGGGAUAACACAGCGUAAACUAGGUGAUUUCAAAGCAGCUCAUCAUUCUCAACAGCGCGCACUUGGCAUACGUAUUAAACUGUUUGGAGAAGAGCACCAAAGUACUGCUGACUGUUACUACGAAAUGGGAAUAACCCAAAUAGAUAAUUUCAAAGCAGCUCUUCAAUCUCUUCACCGUGCGCUGGACAUACGUAUUAAACUGUUUGGAGAAGAACAUCAAAGUACUGCUGACUGUUACCACUCACUGGGGAUAAUACAGCAUAUCCUAAGUGAUUUAAAAGCAGCUCUUCAAUCUUACCAGCGUGCGCUGCACAUACGUAUAAAACUGUUUGGAGAAGAACACCAAAGUACUGCUGACUGUUACCACUUUUUGGGGAUUACACAGCAUGACCAAGGUGAUUUCAAAGCAGCUCUCCAAUCGUUCCAGCACGCGCUUGACGUACGUAUUAAACUGUUUGGAGAAGAACACCAAAGUACUGCUGACUGUUACUACUCACUGGGGAUAACACAGCGUGAACUACGUAAUUUCAAAGCGGCCCUUCAAUCUCACCAGCUUGAGCUCGGCAUACGUAUUAAACUGUUUGGAGAAGAUAGCCGAAGUACUGCUGACUGUUACUACUCACAAGGGAUAACACAGCACGAACUAAAUGAUUUUAAAGCAGCUCUGCAGUCAAAACAGCCUGCACUGGAAAUACGUAUUAAACUGUUUGGAGAAGAAAAGCAAAGUACUGCCAGCUGUUACUACUCACUGGGGAUGACGCUGCAUGAACUAAAAGAUUUCAAAGCAGCUCUCCAAUCGUUCCAGCACGCGCUUGACAUACGUUUCCAACUGUUUGGGGAAGAACACCAAAGUACUGCUGACUGUUACUACUCACUGGGGAUAACACAGAGUGAACUAGGUGAUUUCAAAGCAGCUCUUCAAUCUCUUCAGCGUGCGCUGGACAUACGUAUUAAACUCUUUGGAGAAGAACACCAAAGUACUGCUAACUGUUACUUCUCACUGGGGAUAUCACAACGUGAACUAGGUGAUUUUAAAUCAGCUCUUAAACCUCACAAGCGUGCACUGGAAAUACGUAUUAAACUGUUUGGAGAAGAACAUCAAAGUACUGCUGACUGUUACCGCGAACUGGGAUUAACACAGCGCAAACUAGGUGAUUUCGAAGCAGCUCGUCAAUCUCACCAGCGUGUGCUGAACAUACGUAUUAAACUGUCUGGAGAAGAACACCAAAGUACUGCUGACUGUUACUUCUCACUGGGGAUAACACAGCGUAAACUAGGUGAUUUCAAAGCAGCUCUUCAAUCUCACCAGCGUGCGCUGGACAUAUGUAUUAAACUGUUUGGAGAAGAUCACCAAAGUACUGCUGACGGUUACUACGAACUGGGGAAAACACAGCGUGAACUGGGUGAUUUUGAAGCGGCUCUUCAAACUCUCUGGCGUGCACUGGACAUACGUAUUAAACGUUUUGGGGAAGAACACCAAAAGACUGCUGACUGUUACUACUCACUGGGGAUAACACAGCAUAAACGAGGUGAUUUCAAAGCAGCUUUUCCAUCUCUUCAGUGUGCGCUGGACAUACGUAUUAAACUGUUUGGAGAAGAUCACCGUAGUACUGCUGACUGUUACUACUUACUGGGCGUAACACAGCAUGAACUAGGUGAUUUUAAAGCAGCACUUCAAUCUCACCAGCGUGCACUGGAAAUACGUAUUAAACUGUUUGGAGAAGAACACCAAAGUACUGCCAACUGUUACUACUCACUGGGGAUGACGAUGCAGGAACUAAAAGAUUUCAAAGCAGCUCUCCAAUCGUUCCAGCACGCGCUACACAUACGUAUCCAACUGCUUGGAGAAAAACACCAAAGUACUGCUGACUGUUACCACUCACUGGGAAUAACACAGCAUGAACUAGGUGAUUUCAAAGCAGCUCUUCAAUCUUUUCAGCAUGCGCUGGACAUACGUAUUAAACUGUUUGGAGAAGAACACCAAAGUACUGCUGACUGUUACUACUCACUGGGGAUAACACAGCGUAAACUAGGUGAUUUCAAAGCAGCUCAUCAUUCUCAACAGCGUGCACUUGGCAUACGUAUUAAACUGUUUGGAGAAGAACAUCAAAGUACUGCUGACUGUUACUACGAAAUGGGAAUAACGCAGCAUGAACAAGGUGAUUUCAAAGCGGCUCUUCAAUCUUAUCAACGUUCGCUGGAAAUACGUAUAAAACUGUUUGGAGAAAAACACCAAAGUACUGCUGACUGUUACCACUCACUGGGAAUAACACAGCAUGAACUAGGUGAUUUCAAAUCAGCUCUUCAAUCUCUUCAGCAUGCGCUGGACAUACGUAUUAAACUGUUUGGAGAAGAACACCAAAGUACUGCUAAUUGUUACUACUCAAUGGGGAUAACACAGCGUAAACUAGGUGAUUUCAAAGCAGCUCAUCAUUCUCAACAGCGUGCACUUGGCAUACGUAUUAAACUGUUUGGAGAAGAACACCAAAGUACUGGUGACUGUUACUACGAAAUGGGAAUAACCCAAACAGAUGAUUACAAAGCAGCUCUUCAAUAUCUUCAGCGUGCGCUGGACAUCCGUAUUAAACUGUUUGGAGAAGAACACCAAAGUACUGCUGACUGUUACUACUCACUGGGGAUAACACAGCGUGAACCAGGUGAUUUCAAAGCAGCUCUUCAAUCUCUUCAGUGUGCGCUGGACAUACGUAUUAAACUGUUUGGAGAAGAACACCAAAGUACUGCUGACUGUUACUACUCACUGGGGAUAACACAGCGUGAACUAGGUGAUUUCAUAGCAGCUCUUCAAUCUCUUCAGUGUGCGCUGGACAAACGUAUUAAACUGUUUGGAGAAGAACACCAAAGUACUGCUGACUGUUACUACUCACUGGGGAUUACAAAGCGUGAACUAAAAGAUUUCAAAGCAGCUCAUCAUUCUCAACAGCGUGCACUUGGCAUACGUAUUAAACUGUUUGGAGAAGAACAUCAAAGUACUGCUGACUGUUACUACCAAAUGGGAAUAACGCAGCAUGAACAAGGUGAUUUCAAAGCGGCUCUUCAAUCUUAUCAGCGUUCGCUGGAAAAACGUGUAAAUCUGUUUGGAGAAAAACACCAAAGUACUGCUGACUGUUACUACUCACUGGGGAUUACACAGCGUGAACUAGGUGCUUUCAAAACAGCUCUUCAAAAUCAAUGGCGUGCGUUGGGCAUACGUGUUAAAGUCGUUGGAGAAGAACACCAAAGUACUGCUGACUGUUACUACGAACUGGGGAAAACGCAGUGUGAACAAGGUGAUGUCAAAGCAGCUCUUCAAUCUCACCAGCUUGCGCUCGGCAUACGUAUUAAACUGUUUGGAGAAGAACACCAAAGUACUGCCAACUGUUACUACUCACUGGGGAUAACACAGCGUAAACUAGGUGAUUUCAAAACGGCUCAUCAUUCUCAACAGCGCGCACUUGGCAUACGUAUUAAACUGUUUGGAGAAGAACACCAAAGUACUGCUGACUGUUACUACGAAAUGGGAAUAACCCAAAUAGAUGAUUACAAAGCAGCUCUUCAAUCUCUUCAGCGUGCACUGGACAUACGUAUUAAACUGUUUGGAGAAGAACAUCAAAGUACUCCUGACUGUUACCACUCACUGGGGAUAACACAGCAUAUCCUAAGUGAUUUGAAAGCAGCUCUUCAAUCUCUUCAGCGUGCGCUGGACAUACGUAUUAAACUGUUUGGAGAAGAACACCAAAGUACUGCUGACUGUUACUACUCACUGGGGAUAACACAGCGUGAACUAGGUGAUUUCAAGGCAGCUGUUCAAUCUCUUCAGUGUGCGCUGGACAUACGUAUUAAACUGUUUGGAGAAGAACACCAAAGUACUGCUGACUGUUACUACUCACUGGGGAUAACACAACGUGAAACAGGUGAUUUCAAAGCAGCUCUUCAAUCUCUUCAGUGUGCGUUGGACAUACGUAUUAAACUGAUUGGAGAAGAACACCAUAGUACUACUGACUGUUACUACUCACUGGGGAUAACACAGCGUGAACUAGGUGAUUCCAAAGCAGCUCUUCAAUCUCUUCAGUGUGCGCUGGACAUACGUAUUAAACUGUUUGGAGAAGAACACCAAAGUACUGCUGACUGUUACUACGAAAUGGGAACGACCCAAACAGAUGAACUUAAAGCAGCUCUUCAAUCUCUUCAGCGUGCGCUGGACAUACGUAUUAAACUCUUUGGAGAAGAACACCAAAGUACUGCUGACUGUUACUACUCACUGGGGAUAACACAGAGAGAACUAGGUGAUUUCAAAGCAGCUUUUCAAUCUCUUCAGUGUGCGCUGGACAUACGUAUUAAACUGUUUGGAGAAGAACACCAA